AAUCUGGAAGUUGGUCCUAUUAGCAUGACAGAAUGACAAUUACGCCUGCAAUUCGUGACAAGUUCUUCCGGAUUCACCGUGUAGUUAUAUAUGGAAGCAUGAUUGAAGGCGAGGCCGUUGAACCUAAGAAUAAGAGAACUGAGAGGAUACAUAUGAUGAGCAAAAUCAUAUGCACGGAAUAUGACAAAAAGUGUGAUGAUAUUGCAAUGAAGUAUUUAACCUAUGCUCUAUUUCUCCUUGCUGUUGGCUUUGCUGCUUACUCACUAAGGACUCUUUACAAGUGUUUUAUAUCCAAAAACAUGCAAGUGUUCUUAAACUUGAAUUUGUUGGAGAAAAUGAAUUUUAAGCUUGAAGUACAAGAUGAAGAUUGCUUGAAACUUGGUUGUUUCUUGGAUGAAGGGAUAGUGAAAGAGUUUAGAAAAUCACUAUAAGAGACUGGGAUCAUCAAACUUUUGGACAAAUUGAUUGGUUAUUUUGUGAUGAUGGAUAAACUUAAGGUAAUUUGGAAACCUUGGUAGUCUUGAUAUAGUCGAUGUAGGACGUGGAUGCUACAUGGUUAAGUUUGACGUGCAUGAAGACCGCAAGAAGGUUUUUGGCGAAGAAUCUUGGAUGAUCUUCAAUCAUUACUUAGCGGUUAGUACCUAGACUUAGGCAUGGACACCUCUCGAGGUAAAUUAGCAAGAAACUACAUUGAGAUUGAUUUGAGUCUUUAUGUAGUUGAUAAACAAGGAUUUCGAGAAAGAUGGUUCCAUAAAGAUGGUUCCAUAUAGAUUAUGAUGGUCUCUACCUCUUUGUGCAAGAGUUGUGGGAAUAUAGCCAUGUCGCAAGAAAUUGCACUUUGUCUAUAUCAGAGACUACGAGAAUAUGGUUUUAUAUGAGAGAAAAACAUAAAAAUCGCAAACUUGCAACUCAUUCAAAACAAUAACGAAAAGAAAUUGUUACUAGAAAAAAUACAACUAUACAUGAUAUGUCUCAAACUGUCAAGGUGGGCAUGCAUAGUAUUGCGAAAUCGAUGUCAAGAACAAAUUAUAAUAUGUUUAUUUUUUUGGCAAGAAACCCACAAGGGUAGAAAAGAGGAAAGGAAGAAGAACACAAUGAAAUUGGUUAUAAACUGAUAUUCUUUACUUUCUCUUUGAAACAAGAUUACAAGUGUAAUAGAAUAACAAAUAACCUCUCUUACCCUAAUUAGGAUUUGCAAUAUGCAAUGAUGAAAGACUAGUAUGCUAUUUAUAAUAAAACUUACACACUAAAUUAAUGAGCUUUUUCAUACAGAUCCACUACACAAGCUAACUUAGGGAACAAGCCAAUUUAAACAAUUGGGCUUCUUGGUUCGACAUUUGUGAGAUAUUGGAUCGAACUCUAGUAGGAUCGAAGGGUAGCUUUUUGGUUCGACAACCCGACAUAAAAUUACCAUGUCGUCGAAGUCUUUCACAUGUUGUAGUCGAAGUAUACUAGGAUUGUUAGCAUGUUGAAUUGGUGCGGUAAUUUGUUGUGAAAUCGAUG